AUGAGCAAGCAGUUUUCUGAAGGAUAUUCUGUUUUGCGAGACGAUGUUCGAUCGUUUAUCAUUAGUCUCCAUACUCAUAUACAAGAGCAAAAUGUAAAGGAAAUUGAAAUUGAUACCCAAGUCAAGUUUCCUAAAUUAACAGAACAGUACUUCAUGAGUACUAGGUGGCCGUCUGUGGAAAUCGUUUCUCAAAUUGUCGAUGCUGAACCAUUGUUUCUGUGGUUGUAUAACGAAUUAUACUAUCGGCAUAUAUACUCUCAUGUGAGCACGGGUCUGACGCUCGAAGACAGAAUUCAGUCGUAUGCUAACUACUGUUUGUUAUUUGGUGCUCUUAUUAAUGCUAAAAAUCCAAUCAAUUUGGCUCUUCCUAGUCAAUGGAUUUGGGAUAUUAUCGAUGAAUUUUUGUAUCAAUUUCAAAAGUUUUGCAGUUUUCGUAGUCGUUUAAAACUUAAACCAGAAGAUGAAGCAUUACUUUUAAAAAAUCCAAAAGUAUGGAGUAUACACAGUGUAUUGAAUGUUCUUUAUUCAUUGGUUGAAAAGUCUAACAUCAAUGAACAAUUAAGCUAUUAUGCUAAAAAAGGUGAUCCAGACGAGAUUGCAGAUGAGUUUGGUCGUUGUUUUCUCUAUCGAAUGCUUGGAUUCUUCAGUCUUAUUGGACUAUGUCGAUUACAUUGUUUAUUGGGUGAUUAUUAUACAGCAAUUAAAGUUUUGGAGAAUAUUAAAAUUGAUCGUUUAGAUAUGUAUCACGAAGUGCCUACUUGCCAUAUAACAACUGGUUAUUAUGUUGGAUUUUCUUACAUGAUGAUGCGACGUUAUCAAGAUGCUGCUUCCACUCUAUUAUCGACAUUGGCAUACAAAUCAAGCGCAAUUGGUCUAAUAUCUCAACGUGCUGAUCUAAAAGAAUAUGUGAAUAAACAAGCAGAUCAAAUGAUGUCUCUUUUAGCUAUCUGCUUAACUAUGUCACCUGUCUCAAUUGAUUACAAUGUCGACUUGGACAGACGAGAGAAAUUCACUGAAACUAUUAUCCGAUUACAACAGCUCGAUGAAACAGAAUUUGCUAGUUCAUUUGAUCUUGGUUGUCCAAAAUUUAUUUCUCCAGAAACACCAUAUUAUGCUAGAGAGCCUACAACAUUAUCUCAAAUUGAUUCAUUUAUCUCUCUAGAUCCACAACGUCAACAAAUUGAUUUAUUUAAAACAGAAAUUUCUCAACAAAUUCAAUUGUUACGUCUUCGUUCAUUUCUUAAACUUUACACUAAUAUACCUGCAUCUAAACUAGCCAGUUUUAUGAAUAUGUCUGAACCAGAAUUACAUAUGGCUUUAAUGGCUUAUAAAUAUCGAUUAAAACAAGCUAUGCUACAAAAUGAUGAUACUAUAGAGGAAGGCAAUUUCUCAACCUCAGAUAUGAAUAAUUCUCAACAAAUGCAUCCUCAUUUAGAUUUCUAUGUUGAUUGGAAUGUAAUUUUUGUGGCUGAUACAACUGUGGAUAGAAGAUUUUCUGAAUUCUUUAUUCGUCAAAUUGAAAUGUUACAAAAAAUAAAUGAGAAUUUGGAUAUACUGGAACGACGCGUAUAUAAUUGUGGUUUGUAUAAAACUUCCAAGGCGAAGUUAUCUAAAAAAUUCAUCCUGCUCCCUAUGCUGGAAAAUCUUAAUCCCACACUGCAUGCACCUAUUAAACCUCGACUAAAUAGACUAUCUUUAAAUUUCGAUAACUUUGAAUGGAAUGGUCAACGUGAACCUAUUAAUCAAGCAGAAAUAUUUGAUCAUAUCCGAGAUAUUCGAGAUCCAGAACACCCACAUAGUCUUGAAGUAUUAGGUGUAGUGAACGAUGAAUGGAUAUAUGUCGAUGACAAUGAAGGUUGGGUGUGUGUUGAAUAUUCUCCUACAAUUCCUGGUUGCAGUAUGGCUACAUUAAUUGGGUUAGCUAUCAAAGUGAAGUUGAUCCGAUCACUUCCACGAAGAUUUAAGAUUGAAGUCAAAGUGAAACCAGGUACUCAUGAUACAGAAGAUGAGAUCAACAAACAACUUGCUGAUAAAGAACGUGUUGCGGCUGCUUUAGAAAAUCCCAGUUUACUAAAACUUGUCAAUGAUUGUUUAGUUAUACAAAAUGAUUGA